UGGUUUCACUUAAGAUUCAUGCUUCUGUAUAAUCAUGUAGCACUGUUGUCUCGAAGUCUGUUCUAGCACUCUGUCACGCUAACAUUCUAUGGUUGAUCCCUGGACCAUUCUAUUGGUAACCUCUCCCAUUAUGCAAAAGUAUUCACAUGCUUUCUGGUUUAGAUGCAAAUUCUUUUUGUUUAUCAGCCAUGGAAGAAUCGCCAUCAAACUGGGCCAUGAAGAUCUUCACCUUAAGUAAAGGGAUGUCCCUUCUCCUAAGCACACUGUAGAAAUGUGUAAGCACAUGAGUGGCUGGUCAUUCUGAUACUUUAUGCCUGCUCAUUAUCAUGCCAACUAAUUUCUUCGUAGCAGGUGACAGUAACUUGUAACUUAUCUCUAGAGCCUCAAGCUUCUAUAUGUUUCAGUACCAAUUAGUUAACUUCAUUGUUUCAAGUAACAGGUUUGGCUUAGACAUAUGUUUUAGUGAUAAACUGAACGGCAUAAAUAAUCAGAAAUUUAGAUUCAACCCCAGCCACAAACACAGAAAAAUUGAUUACUGAGAUGGCUCUGCUGUAGCACGGUAGCAGGUUUAAUGGAUGCCCAUCAGAAUAAUUGUCGGAAUAUGCUUUGGCAUCUUCCAUUGCUUGCAGCAUUGCUUCCACUGAUCUAACCAGUGGGAAGUUAAACUGUCCUCCAUUAAUGAGCCGGUGUGUCUAUUCCUGUCAGACACCUUUCUGCUUAAAGCGGGUGUUGCUGAUAAUUCAGGAAUUUCUCCUCUCUAUCGUAUCUCUCUCUCCCAAAGAAAGAUCUUACGUGUCAACAUUUUCUAGUUGAAGAAUAUUCUGUAUCGCAUGGUAUUGACGAUGCGCUGCGUGUAUACUGAAUUCAUGAUUGAUUUGUGUAGGCACUUAUUUGAUGCUGAGCUAAUGGUCUAUACCUGCAUCUUAAUUUUAUACGAGUUUUCUAUAGAUGUAGUGCUGAUGCUGCAAACCAUGUGUUGGGAAUGAGCUUUUAUUUUCGCGGUGUUCUCUUCUCACAAUAUGGGUGUGCUAUGUAUGGCUUGUUUUCCCCUUUAGAACAGUUAAAAUUUCACAGUUGACAGUUGUAGUGCAUAGACCUGCUUCAGUUUUGUAUAUGAAUGAACUUGAUCUAGGACCCAUCCUUUCAACAAGGGAAGUGAUAUUUUUUAUGUAUGUUUACAUUAACUGAAAUAAUAUGGCGUGCAUUGGAAAUUUUGAAUCAUUGAAGGAUAUAUUUUGUGGAUUAAUUUUUGUUUUUGUGGGCACAUGUCUCUGCGGUUCCACUUGUCCCUUGGUUACAAAAAUUGCGAAAAGAUCUCCACCAGAGAACAGAAGAAGUGCUUUCAGUCAUUAAGUGUGCAUGAUAUUAGCCACAUAUUUUCGAUUGAUGGAGCCUUGUUUGGACGCAAUAAUUUAUUUUUCCAACUGCUUUAGUGUAGCUAGUUACUGCUAUAAAUACCUCCUACCGUAUUGCUUCUUAGUACCACAGUGCAACCAAGCAGCUACUUGUGUUCUGUGUGAUACAUUUCUCUUUAUUUUGAGAUGGCAGGUGAGUAUGAUCGCAGCAGCUACGGAAGGUCAGGCACAGGCAGUGACGAAGGCGAGUACAACAAGACCAGCAAGGAAGACUAUGGCCGCAGCAGCGAUGAAUACAGCCAUGGUACCGGCGGUUUCAACAAAUCCAGCAACGACAACAAUGAUGGUGGGUACAAGAACACCGACACGGACGACUACAGUAGCAGUGGCGGCUACAACAAGUCCAGCACUGACAAUUUCACUGGCGGCUUGAACAAAUCUAGCACUGAUGACUACACUGGCGGUGGCAGCUACAACAAAACUGGUGCCGACGACUACACUGCCGGUGGCGACUACAAGAAGUACAGCACCGAAGAUUUUAGUGGCGGCCACAACAAGUCUAGCACAGACGACUAUGAUGGUGGCUACAAGAACUCCAGUGCUGAUGCCGUCUAUGGCGAAGGCGGUUACAAGAAACCAAGCACCGAGGACUCCUCCGCGUACAACAAAUCAAGCAUCGAGGAGGACUACAGCAGCGGCAAGAACACCCCCAACACUGAUGACUACGACGGCAGUGGCUACAACAAGUCCAGCACUGAUGACGACUACGAUGGCUACAAGAAGGCCGGCGCCGACGAGUACAGUGGUGGCUACAGCAAGUCCGGCGCCGAUGGGUAUGCCACUCGAGCAGGCAAGACCGGCUCUGAUGAUUACUAGACAAAAUAGUCGUGAAAGUGAGUGUGUUUGCGAUGCUAAAUACGUAUGCAUGUGUGGUUGCUACUGCUACUGGUCCUUGCUAACGCUAUGUUUGGAUGUAUGCAUUGGGAGCCUUGGCAUUGUAUUGGGUUGAAUAUCAAUAUCACACUAUAUUGGUAUUGAGAUUGAAUGCCAAUAUUUUUGUUUGGAUGCUUA